CACUAACAGAAUAUCCUUCAAAAUAUCCUCUUUACAGACUAUACUAAGGUUAGUGUGUUACACCAUUCAGUGAUGUGCGGGAUAUACUACCCAGAUAUUCAUAGACAGAUGCAUACCUACCUGGGUAGGUACCUAGCUAUACUUAGGUAGCGUGCCUAGCAGGUAGGUAGGUAGGAGGUGAGUAUAUAUUUAGUCCUGUACGUGCUGUUCAGAGCCGUGUAUGAUGUGCAACACCUAGUAGUCACAUAGCACCUAAUCUCUAUCUUCACCGUUGUACGAACCUUACACGCAAUGGUCACUCAGUUCAAAGCCCUCAUAUUCGACCUUGGGGGAGUUCUGUUAGAAUGGGAUCGUAGUAGCGUCAACGCUUUAUCGCGUAGUCAAUUCUCAACUAUUAUGAACUCGACGUUCUGGCACGAUUUAGAUAGGGGGAAGCUCACAGUCAAAGAAGCAUGUGAUCAUUUCGGCAAUGUACUUGGAGUAGAUCCUUCCAUAGUCGAAGGGUCCCUAGACCAAGCCCAGAAAUCGUUGACAGCCAACAUUCCCCUUGUGCAAACCAUCUACGAUCUCAAGGCCUCAAAUCCCGAGCUCGAAUUCUACGUCAUGUCUAAUAUCUCGCGCGAGCAUUUUGAAGUUGUCCAAGCCUUAGACAUACCUUGGCCAAUGUUCAACAGAUCAUUUGCAUCAGGGCUCGAAGGCAUGCGCAAGCCUGACCUAUGCUUCUUUGAACACGUCAUUAAAGAAAUCGGACAUGAUCCGACGGAAAUGAUAUUCCUCGACGACACGCCCGAGAAUAUAUGCGCAGCCCGAUCCUUGGGGAUCCACUCCAUACUGGUCGACAACCGACUGGCCAAAGUCGGCGGGACACUGCGGAAUCUCAUGGAAGACCCCCUAGCUCGCGCAGGAGAUUACAUGGAAGCCAACGCCAAGAAGCACCACUGCGUUGUGGAGGGCCACGACGACAUCAUCCUCAAGGACAACUUCGCGCAGCUCCUCAUCUGGGAGCUCACUGGCGACGAAGACAUAAUUUACCUGAAAUGGCCCACCGGGGCACUGAGCGGGAGUCCAGAUAGCAAAGUCAACGGUAACACCCAGCCCACGACCUUCUCUACCAGCGACGUUGAGAGCGGCCUGUGGAACUACUUCUACGAGAAGCCUGCCCUCACCACCCGGGAGUUCCCGCCCGACGCAGACACGACAGCGAUAGCGUACCUGUCCCUGCCCCCGGACCGUCUCCGCCGCGUGGCCGACAUCGAGAAGGUGCUGGACCUGAUGGUGGCAAACGCGGACCCCAGCGGCAUAAUGCAGACGUACUUCGCCGCCUCGCGGCCGCGGACCACGCCGGAGGUGUGCUGCAACAUCGUGCGCGCCUUCCACCGCUUCGGCCACGGCGCCGACCCGCGCAAGAAGCAGACCGAGGACUGGGUCGUCCAGUGCCUGGCCAACGGCGCCUGCCUCGACGGCAACAGGUACUACUCGACGCCCGAGAGCUUCCUGUACUUCGUCGCGCUGCUGCACGCCGAGUGUGCCGCUACCACCACCACCACCACCACCACCACCACCGCGUCGUCGUCGCUGAGAGAGAGGCUCGAGGUGGUGAAAGUGAAGCUCGGCGAGCGCCUCGACAUGCCCACGAACCCCGUCGCGCUCGCGCUGCGGAUAUCCGCAUGUCAGGUCGUGGGGAUCGAUCCGCAGCUCUACCGGAAGGACCUCACCAGGCUGCUGGACCUGCAGCAGGAGGACGGGGGGUGGCCGGCCGGCCACUUCUGCUGCUACGGGCGGACGGGCGCCAGGAUAGGCAAUCGGGGGUUGACAACAGCGCUGGCCAUGAAGAUCAUACGGCAUGAGAGAGCGUUGGCAAGUAAGCUCUUCUUCUAGGUGUUCUGACCUAGGUAGCGGGUUCCAGAUAUAUAUCGGCUCGGCGCUUUUUAUCUUUCUACAAUCUUGCAACUAGGUACCUAAAUAUACCCUACCAUCGGCUAUCGUCAACCGGGACAGACCGGGUCCGGGACACCGGUUCCCCACCAAAAUCCACUAAAACUCACCAUUUUUAAAAAGGUGUAGCUAGCUCAAUAAAAUCGAUAAAAUUAU